AUGGCGUUUCUUCAGAACCGUUCAAUAUCGUUGGUGGAUAUGUACAUCGACAACUCAGAGCCUUCAGAGAACGUUGGACAGAUACACUUCUCCCUGGAGUACGACUUUCAGAAUACAACCCUCAUUUUAAGGAUUAUACAAGGCAAGGAACUACCCGCAAAGGAUUUAAGCGGAACCUCCGACCCCUACGUGAGGGUCACACUCCUUCCGGACAAGAAACACCGGCUUGAAACAAAGAUCAAACGUCGCACCUUGAACCCUAGGUGGAACGAAACUUUCUACUUUGAAGGUUUCCCUAUACAAAAGCUGCAAAGUCGGGUGCUACACCUCCACGUGUUCGACUACGAUCGCUUCUCUCGGGAUGACUCCAUUGGAGAAGUGUUCUUGCCUUUGUGUCAGGUUGAUUUAAGUGAGAAACCAUCAUUUUGGAAAGCUCUCAAACCACCAGCCAAAGACAAAUGCGGAGAGUUACUGACAUCUCUGUGCUAUCAUCCAAGCAAUAGUGUCCUAACACUGGCUCUUCUUAAAGCUAGAAACUUGAAAGCAAAGGACAUCAACGGAAAAUCAGACCCUUACGUAAAAGUGUGGCUGCAAUUUGGCGACAAACGUAUAGAGAAACGCAAAACAGCUGUCUUUAAAUGCACACUGAAUCCAGUCUUCAACGACUCCUUCUCAUUCAACGUGCCCUGGGAGAAAAUCAGAGAAUGCUCUCUCGACGUUCAAGUUAUGGAUUUCGACAAUAUCGGACGGAACGAGCUGAUUGGUAGAAUACUAUUGGCUGGCAAAAACGGCUCCGGAGCAACAGAAACAAAGCACUGGCAGGACAUGAUCACCAAACCACGACAGACCAUCGUUCAGUGGCACCGCCUGAAGCCCGAG